AUGGCAUUAGAGUCUCUCCCUAAUCCUUCACUCAAUUUAGCUCAAAUUUGCAAACUUGAUAUCUCCAACAAUCAUCUCCAGACCAUACCAGAAUCACUUACAGCGAGACUACUCAAUUUGAUAGCAUUAGAUGUUCAUUCAAAUCAGAUCAAAGCUCUUCCAAACUCCAUUGGUUGUCUCUCAAAGCUCAAGAUUCUCAAUGUUUCCGGCAACUUUCUUGUUUCCCUCCCUAAAUCUAUCCAACAUUGCAGGUCUUUGGAAGAACUAAAUGCAAACUUCAACAAACUCAUUAGACUACCAGAUUCUAUUGGAUUUGAACUCACCAAUCUAAGGAAGCUUUCUGUCAAUUCCAACAAGCUAAUUAGCCUCCCAGUCUCCAUUACUCACCUUACCUCUCUUCGUGUCCUCGACGCUCGUCUCAACUGCCUCAUGAUUCUCCCGGAAGAUCUCGAGAAUCUCAUCAACCUUGAGAUCCUCAAUGUCAGCCAGAACUUCCAAUAUCUUUCCGCACUUCCAUCUUCCAUUGGCCUCCUCAUGAACCUCAUCGAGCUCGAUGUUAGCUACAACAAGAUCACAUCCUUGCCUGAGUCUAUUGGCUGCAUGAGAAGGUUAAGGAAGCUGAGCGUUGAAGGAAACCCGCUCGUUUCCCCACCCAUUGAGGUGAUGGAACAGAGUUUGCAAGUGGUGAGAGAGUAUCUGACUCAGAAGAUGAAUGGUGGCUCACCAAAGAGUCCGAUCAAGAAGAAGUCGUGGGGGUUCGGUAAAUUGGUGAAGUAUGGGACGUUCAAUGGUGGAUCAAGAAGCUGGAAUAGAGAGGAGAGUGAAGGGUUCAUCAUGCCUGAGUACCGUUCCAUCGACAGUCUUGCUUCCCCUAGGUAUUCUGGAAUGUUCUCUCCUCGCCGUCUCUUUUCUCCAAGAACUUAUUUCAGCAGAUAA